UAAAACUAAUAAAAAAAUAUUAUUACUAAGAAUUAUUAUUAAUUACAAAAACUUUUACUAAACCAAAUUCGGAAAAAAACAGAAAAUAUAAAAAUAAAGAACAAAUUAAACUGUAACAAACUAUAAGAGUAUGACAUAAUAGAAAUAAUAACAAAUUAAGUACAAACUGAUUUGUUGGCCUGUAAGACAUGAAAAACCUUCAAGGCUUCUUUAACUUUCAGACAAGACUUUAAGCCAUCAUUCAAAGUUCAUCUUGAUAAACCUUUCUUUGUCUAGUUAAAACUGACCCUUGUUUCACCUACUAUGUAUGGUUUAUAUAAAAUGCGUUCAGGCAAACACAAAAUCUAGUUUAUUUAGAAUCAGAAGGUUUCUGUUUAUUUAGUUUAACCCUCCCAUUAUUAGAGAGACACACACACAACCCCAAUUUGACCUAAAGGGCGAGGCCUUCUAUUUUAGAGGUUAAACCCAGUUGUUCCGCUGUUAGUUCAUAUGCCACUUCCUGUAUUGACUUCCGUGGUGUUAUCUAGUGAAAGGCAUAUAGGAGGGACCAGAGUUUAUGGUUUUAUGACUCUGAUCUUCAAUCUAUAACACACUGACACAGUCAAACACACUCCCAUCUUGGUACGGCGCUCGGAUCGGUGCGAAGUCUGUCUGCCGGUGCGGUUGUGGAUUCGUAAUAGUCUUUUAUUGGAUAUCGUGUGGAUUUGAGACGCGGUAGUUGAUCAUGUCGACUGGGGUUCAGCUGUUGGGGUUUCUGAUGUGUUUGGGGGGCUGGCUGCUCACCUUCAUGUCGUUGUUGAAUGAGUCGUGGCGCAAGUCGACGUUUGCGGAGGACGCCCUCACGUCGAUUUGGUACAAUAUUAACCUGUGGCAGUCGUGCUCCGAGACAACCACUGGCAUCAAAAACUGCAAACCGUUUCCGUCCCUGCUUGAACAGCCUGGACACAUCCAGGCCUGUCGAGCUCUGAUGAUCAUCGCUCUCAUUCUGGGUUUACUUGGCGUCAUUUUGGCCGUGAUGGGACUCAAAUGCACUAAACUGGGCAGCACGUCUGAGGAGUCAAAGGGCAAAAUCAGCCUUAUAGCCGGAAUCUUCUACAUCCUGUCAGGUCUGUGCGUUAUGAUUGCGGUGUCGUGGUAUGCCGCUCGAGUCGUUCAGGAGUUUUACGAUCCUCGCUACCUGGGAACAAGGUAUGAACUGGGCGUCGGUCUGUAUCUGGGAUGGGCGGCGGGAGCUCUGGCUAUUCUGGGCGGAGGAAUCCUUUGCACUUCCUUCAAGAGUUCAGGAUCUGCAAAAUCACGUAACUACAACUACACCGCUUCACAGCCGCAGAAGAUCUACAAAUCACCGCCGUCAGAAAACAGCGCUUCCAAAGCUUACGUCUGAGUGUCUUAUUUUGACUUUUCAUUUUUUUUUUUUUUUUUUUUUACAUUGAUGUGUAUUUUUUAGUACUUGCAUUUUAGAAGUCAAUGAAUUGAGCUUCUUUUUUUUUUAACUUACUUUGCAUGAUUCAUCAGUGUUGAUUUCACAAGGAGUUCAUUAUUUUAAAAUCUUGCAUUAUAUAAAAAGAUUUCAGUUUUCAAGUUUCAAACAGUAGAUCCUGGCAGUGUUUCAGCUGGAAAUCGGAUUGUCGAAACCCCACUGCGGGCUAUCAUUCAGCUUUGACUCAAUGAUAUGAAACACUCAAUUUACACUUGGGUUAUUAUAGUAAACUAAAACCUUUUGUUACUUGAAAUAAAAUACUUUAACUGAAAUUAAAAAAAGCACAUAAUUAAUAAAACCCAAAAAAAUGACAAAAACACACAACAAAAUGACUAAAACAAACAAACAAAAAACACCAUCAAAUUAAUUUCCCUACUGUACUUUUUUCCCCCACUGAAUCUCAUGUUUCAUGUUGACCUUAAUACUUUUAUGUCUUUAUAUGGAUAAUUUUAGUUUGUUAUAUAAAUGUUACAUUGUCUGUUUUGGUGUUUUGAAAAGCUCAUUGUUUUCCAAAAUUGCUAGUAUGUGUAUUUUGUCAUUGUUUCUGUGAAUAAAACAAUUCUGUGAAGUUU